ACAACAAGGUUCACAAUAUUUUUGUCAUGCACCUACCUAUGUGUUUUUAAGGUCAAAUAUUUGGCUUAAAUUGACUAGCCUAGUUGAGAAGGGAAGGGCUUAGACCUUAGUGAGAGAGGUAGAGUCUAAGAAUCUGUUUUUACUAUAUCUGUGGGGUGCUAGUAGGAGUUGUACUGAUAGAGACUUUUGCAGCUUUGCUUACUUCACCUUCUUCAUUCAUUCACUCAUUCAUUCUCCCUUAUCUCUCCCAUUCUUUUCCUUCUCUUUUUGUUUGCUGAGAGAGAACAAUACAUAGAUGGGGAAUUGCCAAGCUGUGGAUGCUGCAGUGCUUGUGAUCCAGCACCCAGGUGGGAAGAUAGAAAGGAUGUAUUGGCCAAUCACUGCAAGUGAGGUCAUGAAAACUAACCCAGGUCACUAUGUGUCUUUGAUAAUCCCAUUGCCUGUGACAGAACAAGAACAGAGGAAUCAAGAGCAGAAAUCAGUUCGUUUCACACGUGUCAAGCUUCUGCGUCCUAAUGAGACUCUCAAUCUUGGACAUGCUUACAGGCUCAUCACUACUCAAGAGGUCAUGAAGGUGUUGAAAGCAAAGAAGAAUGCAAAGACCAAGAAGCCACAGGCAGAGACAAUUGAGAAACCACAGACAGAAAAGAAGAGUUCAGGUUGUGAGUCUCAGACAGCAGGGGACUCUGUCUCAGGAAAUACAAAUACAAAUCAGGGAAUGAGAGCAGAGAGACAGAGGCAAAGGGGAUCAGCAAAUCCUGCUGUAGUGAGAUCAAAAUCCUGGCGCCCCUCUUUACAAAGCAUUUCUGAGUUUACAAGUUGACUGGUGCAAAAUUGUAACAUGCAUAGUGGCUAUAGAAAAUUAUCUGCAUGUUCCUCCUUGAUGAUUCCUUUCACAUGUAUGGGAAUGGAAAUUCAACAGAGCUUUGAACCAAGAUUUAUCUUUCAUCACCAAGAAGGGGGGAAAAGAAUAGCAUGUUUGUAUAGCACAACAAGAAGGGGAAAAAAGUAAUGAAUGUAAAAAUCUAUGAGAAGUGAGUUUUGUGACUGAAAUAGUUAGUUGCAACA